UGAGGGGCGGCGCAGAGCGGAUGAGGAUGCAUCGCCUGCAGGUGGUUGUCGGGCACCUGUCCGGGGCCGGCCGACCUGCCUCGUUGCGGGCCAGCCCCUGCCUGGGCUACUCGGGGGCCGCCCUCUCAACGGUGGCAGCCCCGGAGGAUGUGGUGGUGGUCCACGGGCGGAGGACGCCUAUCGCCAAGGCCAAGAGGGGCGGCUUCAAGGAAACUACACCUGAUGAACUUCUUGCUGCGGUCAUGACAGCUGUCCUUAAAGACCUAAAUCUAAGCCCUGAGUUGCUGGGAGAUAUCUGUGUAGGAAAUGUUCUUCAACCUGGAGCUGGAGCUUUAGUGGCGAGGAUUGGACAAUUUCUAAGUGGCAUUCCAGAGACUGUACCGAUAUCAUGUGUUAACAGGCAGUGCUCAUCUGGGUUGCAGGCUCUGAUCAAUAUAGCUGGUGGCAUCAGAAAUGGAGCUUACGACAUGGGCAUGGCCUGUGGAGUGGAAAGCAUGUCUCUGCGUACCGUCGGCAAUCCUGGGGACGUCAGUUCUCGUAUGAUGGACAACAGCAACGCCAGAGAUUGUCUUAUCCCAAUGGGAAUAACCUCAGAAAAUGUAGCCGAAAGAUUUAACGUCACCCGGAAAAAGCAAGAUGCCUUUGCCUUGGCUUCUCAGCAAAAAGCAUCUCGAGCCCAGCAGAUGGGGUGGUUUAAAGAUGAGAUUGUCCCUGUCACCACCACCUUCACGGAUGACCAGGGCCAAGAGAAGACGAUCACUGUGCUCCAAGAUGAAGGGGUCAGGCCAAGCACCACGCUGGAGGGGUUGGCAAAGCUAAAGCCGGCCUUCAAGGAGAAUGGCACCACGACUGCUGGUAAUUCCAGCCAAGUUAGUGACGGCGCUGCUGCGCUUCUCCUGGCCAAACGUUCCAGAGCUGCCCAGCUGGGCCUUCCCAUCCUUGGGGUGCUGAGGUCGUGUGCAAUAGUUGGCGUUCCGCCCGAUGUCAUGGGCAUUGGACCAGCCUAUGCCAUUCCGGUGGCGUUGGAAAAGGCUGGUUUGACUGUGAAAGAUAUUGACAUAUUUGAAAUCAACGAGGCCUUUGCUAGUCAGGCUGUCUACUGUGUGGAGAAGCUUGGCAUCCCCAUGGAGAAGGUCAAUCCCCUUGGUGGGGCCAUUGCUUUGGGGCACCCUCUGGGCUGCACUGGGGCGCGGCAGGUGGUCACUCUGCUCAACGAGCUGAAGCGUAGGGGGAAGAGAGGGUACGGCGUGGUCUCCAUGUGCAUUGGAACAGGGAUGGGAGCGGCUGCGGUGUUUGAGUACCCUGGAAAGUGAACAGAACUCUGGCCUGCUUAACGGCUGGAAGUUUCCAGCACCUCCCCCCAAAUGAUUCAUGGAUCAGUCCAAUGAAAAGA